GGUGCAGGUCGGAUGAGGCUGGCAAGACUCAUGAAGGUGUUCAUCACCCGCAGGAUCCCGCCCGAGGGCCGGGCCACGCUCGCCCAGGCCGCAGACUGUGAGGUGGAGGAGUGGGACUCGGAUGAACCCAUCCCCAGCCAGGAGCUGGAGCGUGGUGUGGCGGGCGCUCACGGUCUGCUCUGCCUCCUCUCUGACCGAGUGGACAAGAAGCUUUUGGAUGCUGCUGGGAGCAACCUCAAGGUCAUCAGCACGCUGUCUGUGGGGGUAGACCACUUGGCCUUGGAUGAAAUCAAGAGGCGUGGGAUCAGAGUGGGCUACACCCCAGACGUCCUGACGGAUGCCACUGCCGAGCUCGCUGUCUCCUUGCUGCUCACGACCUGCCGCCGGCUGCCUGAAGCCAUCGGGGAAGUGAAGAACGGUGGCUGGACCUCAUGGAAGCCACUGUGGAUGUGUGGCUAUGGACUGUCAGAGAGCACGGUCGGCAUUGUGGGGCUGGGCCGCAUAGGCCAGGCCAUUGCUCGGCGUCUGAAACCAUUUGGUGUCCAGAGGUUUUUGUACACUGGGCAGCAGCCCAAGCCUCAGGAAGCAGCGGAAUUCCAGGCUGAGUUUGUAUCUGCCCUGGAGCUGGCCGCUGAGUCCGACUUCGUGGUUGUGUCCUGCUCCCUGACGCCAGCCACCAAGGGGCUCUGCAACAAGGACUUCUUCCAGAAGAUGAGGAGCACAGCUGUGUUUGUCAACAUCAGCAGGGGCGACGUUGUGAAUCAGGACGAUCUGUACCAGGCCUUGGCCAGUGGUCAGAUUGCAGCUGCUGGACUGGAUGUGACGACCCCCGAGCCUCUGCCAACAGACCACCCCCUCCUGUCCCUGCAGAACUGUGUGAUUCUCCCCCACAUUGGCAGCGCCACCUACAAGACUCGCAACACCAUGUCUCUGUUGGCAGCUAACAACCUUCUGGCUGGCCUGAGAGGGAAGCCGAUGCCCAGUGAACUCAAGCUCUAGCCACCUGGAGACCCCAGGGCUGAGUUGCUGGGUCCCAUGCUGUCAGCCCCAGACAGGGGCCAAGAGAGUGCCUACCCCAUGCUGGACCCACGAGACACUGUGCUGCUUCUACAGCUGAACAAUCUGAGCCCCAGCGCGGGAUUCUGCUAUUAAAAAAUUCUUAGAAAGACGCCUUGG